CACCAAGUGGCAACGGAUUGUUGUCGAGGGUGCAGUCUCCGAGGGCGGCAGCGGAUUGGAGCAGUCGACGGAGUCAGCAGCGCCGUGACCCUAAGUGACGUCACGGUGAUCAACUUGGCGGGAAGAUUCAACUGAGGUUCAAGUACUAGUGAAAUAAAAGUGUAAGAAGAUUUUAAACUGUGAGUACAUUUAUGUUUUAUCUGUGCAAAGUGUCAUUAUUUGGAAAGUAGAACUGUCAAGUGUCAAAUUUGGACUUAGUAAAAAUCAUAAGACUGAAGUAGAAAUUUUCAAAGUGUUUAGGACUUAGAAUAAUUUAAGGAAAAGUGAACCUACGGGGAACCUAUGCCCGAUUUCAUAUCGAGGUACAUCAGCCAAACACUUAGAAAAUUUGAGAGCAAAAAACACUUGUGAUUUUUUCAAGAUUUGCUAUACUGGGGACUUAGCAGAUUUACGAGCAACUAAAUUGGGACUUUGAAAAUUCGUGAUUAGUUUUGUUGGGACUUGUGAUUUUUCAAGAUGAGUAAUAAGUUGGAAGCCAGUAUUAACUUACAACUGGAUCAAAGUGUUCGCAUUAAUAAGGCAUUCAAUAACUACAAAAAGUCACCGAAGGAGCGGAUUACCAUCUCAUACGUAGAAACUAGACUCGAAAACUUAGAGCAACUAUGGGAACAGUUUUCACGUAUGCAUAUGCAGAUACUGAUGUUGCCAGAGCAAGAUGUGCUACAAGACACUGCAUACAUGAAGGACGAUGUGUAUGAUGCGACCAACGAGUUAUACAUGGAUUACAAAUGCGGACUUAAGAACGCUAUGAGCAAGUUAACGGCAACACCCAGCAAUACUAGUCCCAUGUUGUCAACUACUGCAUCAACGUCAAAAUCGAGUCAUGUGAAGCUCCCUAAGAUCACGAUUCCUACUUUUUCGGGAAAGUAUGAGGAGUGGAUGGGAUUCCGGGAUUUGUUCAUUUCACUCAUCCACAAAAAUCAGGACAUCGAUGACAUCCAGAAACUUCACUACCUCAAGGCGCAUUUGACAGGCGAAGCGGAGCAGCUUCUUAGACACAUACCCAUUACUAGUGAAAGUUAUGACCAGUGUUGGACCCAGUUAGAGAGUCGCUAUAAUAACAAGCAAUAUUUAGCGAAUUGCAUUUUAAAGAGGUUUUUUGGACAAAAGACUCUUCUGACUGAGUCUGCCACUGACAUUAAGCAUAUGUUAGAUUGUACCACAGAAACGUUGAACGCAUUGUCUAGUCUCAAAAUUGAUACAAGCACUUGGGAUAUUAUUAUCAUUUACAUUGUCAGUCAUAAAUUGGAUCCAGAAAGUCGGAAAAACUGGGAAUGUAAAGUAAGCGAAUCUGUAUCUCUGUCUGAACAGUUACCGACACUGGAACAAUUUAAGGACUUUUUGCAAACGCGAUACCAUUCUUUGGAAUUUUUGGAGCCAAAAUCGGGAUUUGCCCCAAAACCGGGAUUUGCCCCAAAACCUAAAUAUGUGAAUAACAAUUACAAGGGUUUCAGUCAGGUCAAGGGCAAUCAAGUGCAAAAGGUUAAUAAUUUGCUUGUCACUAACAAUGUCUCAUGUAAUUAUUGUAAAGGUGACCACCGUAUAAUACAUUGCAAAGAUUUCAAUGCUUUAGAUGUCGAUGUUAAGCGUAAUUUUGUUCAAACCAACGGGAUGUGUUUCAACUGUUUGGGUAAUAAUCACUCUGCCAGAUACUGCAAACUGACAACUAACUGUCAAAUUUGUAACAGGCGACAUCACUCGCUGUUACAUCAAAAGGGAGAUACGAAAGCUAAUGAAGGUAAGGAGCCAUCAGCUGGUCAAGCUGUGGCACAAGUUCAUACACAACAAGUCACAAAGCCAAUGGGAGAACCCACACCGGGAACCAGUGUUUCAAAUCACUUCGUGAAUGAAGUCUCACAGCAAGGGUUACUGGCUACCGCGGUGGUAAAAGCAAAAACAUGGGAACAAGAAGAAUAUCAUCUAUUAAGAGCACUAAUAGAUCCGGGCUCAGAAGUCUCAUUUAUCACCUCAGCUGCAGUUCAGUUACUCGGGUUAAAACAAACUCCAGCUAAGGUUUCAGUGUCAGGAUUAAGGGGAGAGCUGAUUACAGAGCUGAAGUCUACGGUUCAAGUUACAAUCGCAUCACGCUCUAACACUAGCAACGCUAUUGAGGUCACAGCAUACGUAGUUGACAAAGUUACUUCGAACCAACCAUCUGCGAAAGUGUCUAUUACCUCAUGGCCUGAGUUACAAAGUGUCGAGCUCGCAGAUCCUGACUAUCACACUCCAAAUAAAAUAGAUAUGUUGUUGGGAGCAAAGGUCUAUGCUCGGAUCAUUCAACCAGGUUUAUUCAAAUCUCCCCAGGAGACUACGGUGGCACAAAAGACGUCUCUGGGAUGGAUUUUAAGUGGUGAAGCAGGUUUACAGGCCAACAUCUCCUGCAAGCUGGUUAGCAUGCACAUUCAGGUGGAACAGUUGCUGAGGUCCUUUUGGGAACUUGAAUCAGAACCUAGCAACAAAGAACGGAUUUUAACACCUGAAGAACAAAGAUGUGAGGAGAUAUAUGAGGCAACUACUACACGGGAUGAGAACGGCCGAUACGUUGUUAGAUUACCGUUCAGGGAUGAGCAACCAGCCUGUGUAGAUGGUGGGUCCAGAGAGAUAGCAUUGCGAAGAUUUCAUUCUCUGGAAAGGAAGCUUCAAACCGAUGAGCGCCUGCAAACAGAAUACACAAAAGUGUUCCAUGAAUAUCGGGAUUUAAAUCACAUGGAACCUUUAUCAGAGCAAGAAUCUAAGGAAAAGGGACUGUACUUACCUUUCCAUGCUGUUGUGCGUGAGGAACGGGAAACUACUAAGGUUCGUAUAGUUUUUGACGCUUCUUGCAAGGGCACGAAUGGGGUGUCCUUAAACAGUGACCUUAUGGUGGGUCCUACCUUGCAGUCAGAGUUGAGGCACAUAAUCAUGCGUUGGCGAAUGCAUCCAGUUGUCUUCAUUGCCGACAUCGUCAAGAUGUACCGGCAAAUACUAGUCGAUGAAAGAGACACAAAGUACCAACGCAUCCUGUGGAGGGAGAAUAAUACCCAAAAAGUCAAAGAAUACAAGUUAAACAGAGUUACUUUUGGGGUCUCAUCAGCACCUUACCUUGCUGUCAAAAGUCUGAUUCAAGUCGCCUUGGAUGAAGGUGCAGAUUUCCCUCUUGCAGCUAGUCGGGUACGUGAGGAUUUCUAUAUGGACGACCUGAUGUCAGGUUGUCAAAGCGAGCAAGAGGCAAUAGAGAUCUACCACCAGAUGAAGACGCUAUUAAACAAAGGAGGCUUUGAAUUUCAAAAAUGGUCAAGCAAUAGUAAAGCUAUGUUAGAAGAAAUUCGAGAAAGCACAGCAGGGAAAGAAGAGCAUAAGAAAAUAGAGAUGAAGCAAGAAGCGGCAUCGAGUGGGAUCAAGAGCUACCGUCUCCGUUGCUUGAAGAAUGGUUGUGCUAUAGGGAAGAAUUGUCACAGCUCACCAGAUUCAGACUUCCUCGCUGGACAAAUCACCAAUCUAAUGUCAGGUUGGUUGAACUGCAUGGUUUUAGUGACGCGUCAAAUGCUGCAUAUGCCGCGGUGGUGUAUUUACGCGUUAUUGACGCAGAAGGGUCAAUACACGUCAGUCUGGUGA